AGCACUGAUAAGGUGGCGAGAUAUCUCAAGCGGAGGACAGCUGUGACUUAAUUUGGCAAAAAGCGAUUUAUUUGUUGCUCAUACUGCGAGCAUACUUCAAGAAUCAAAAAGCACACCGUCACGUAAUCGUGAUUGCAAACGGAAACCGUCACGCCGCAAGCCUUUUCAAAAGGAGUUUCUCGUUGAUAUAAAAAAUGAAAACAAUUCAACGUCUGUUUCUUCUCUGGAUAAUGGCAUCCGUGGUAGAAGGUCAUCACUUAUGUCCAAUGACUCAAAACUUUUGGAAACUGAGUACCAGCGGUGAAUUCAAAGCAUGUAUACCGUGUCCAGAGUGUCCUGAGGGUAAUGGGCUGAACAUUCAAUGUGGUUCAUCGAUCACAGAUGAUACUAAGAUAGAAUGCGUCCAAUGCAAAGAAAACGUGACCUACUCCAAUAGCCAUGGAGUGGAAAGCUGCAAACCCUGUCAGGACUGCGGUCUACGAAAUGUCCUUCAAGAAUGUACCUCGGACCAAAAUCGCAAAUGUGGACGUAAAUGUCCCAAAGGGUAUUUCUUUGAUGGCCACAUCACUGAUUGCAGAGAAACUACGCCAGCAACAGUCUCAACCACAACUUUUUCAAUACAACCUUCUCCUAGCAUUUGGCCACAACUUUCAUCUCCUUUAGGCGGCGGCUCGUCUACAGCAAUUGUAGCGUCUAUGAAAGAUUUAUUCUCAGUAGAAAGUGUUACCUCGACGAGUAUAGCGUCGACUCCAAGCGUAAAGCCACAGCGUUCAUCGCUGAUGAGCGUUUUGUCUCCACUGGUACUAGGAAACCGUUCCUCUACAAGCAUAGAAUUCACGCAGGUUAUCAUGCCACAACCAACGUCAUUGUAUCGUGGAAUCGUAUCAACUUCGAUUCCUGGAGGUAUAGGAGUUCCAAUACCUAAAGGAAACGACGCCUCUGCAAGUGUUCCGGGGAAAAAAAAGACUCAGGGACGGAAAGGCAAAGCCUUGACACUGUUGACUAUAUUGGGAAUAAUAGGAUCGAUAGUUUUUAUCGUCAUCUUUACACCGACUGCAAUAGUUUGCUGGAUAAAAUGCAGAAUUUCUGAGAAGACAAAGCCAGAACAGACAGAUCCUGCUGGAAUACUACUGAACCCCUUACGAGACACUGAGAAUUCACCGAGCCGCUCUUUGCCAGAAAUCGUUGGCUCGUUUCAAAACAACACUGACUCUGCUGAAAGUUUAAUGGCUUCUCAAGGAAGUGAGUCCUUAGAUGUUCCCUAUGAUGGUCAAGGAGACGACAAAGAUUUUGUUCUUACGAAUGACAUCCCCGAAGACUUCAAGCUCGCCGACUUUCCAUAUGAUGUCGAGGACUCUAUUCUGCAACUAGAUUCUGAUUCCUCGCCAGUCCAAAAGAACUGGAAACAUGUCGCUUACGGGUAUGAAAUUACCAAACAAGACAUUCAGCUGUUGGAGAUAGAGAGCAGGAAGCCAGGAGUAAGCGCAAUAAGGCUUUUGAUUGAAAAGUUGUGUAGUUCCAAAUGUGCGACUCUAAAAGAGUUCGUAGACGUCCUCCAGGAGCUGGAACGCAACGAUGUUGCCAACGACAUUAUCAGCUGGUUUAGGAAAAAACAGGACAGAUGUUCAGAGGAGGGUAAGAAUUGACAAUACCCAGGAGACUGUUGGGUGUUUCUUUAACAUCAUGUACCACGCAUGGACUUUAAGAACAGUGACAGUUGAGAGUUAUUGAGUCGGUCUUGUAAAUAACUUAACUGAUUUUGUGUAUUUAGUAAAAUCAAAGUGAUUUGAACAAAAUUUUUGGAAAGUAGGGAUACACGUUGUUCGAGAGAUUUUGUUUUAAGAUUAGACUACAGAAUCGUUUUAAACAGGUGUUUUGAAGAUUUAGGCAAUUUUUGUAUUGAAAUUUAUGUUAGGUAGUUCGAUGAAAAUUUUACAUAAUUUUUCUAGGUUUUUGUAACCUUUUUUAAUCUUGCUCUUAGUUGUAAGGUUGUAAAUAAUUUUAGGUAACGCUCUUAAGUGCAAUUGAGGACGAAAUUUUUUUAAUGUUGUGCAUGGUCAGAGUUUCUUUAUUGUAGCAAAAUAUGCCGGUAUCCUAUAUAUCUGAAUGUUUCAAAUUUCAAACAGGCCGGUGGUAUAGAACACGGAAGGUUGUCUGAAGUUAUCUUUCCUUAUGGUAUUCCUUAAUUUCGGUUUUCAAUUUACUAUGAAAGGCUGAGAAAAUACUACAGCCUAAUUCACUUGGCAUUGCUUGAUCUCACAUUGAGAAGAAAGUAAGCACUGCGUGCUGAAUCAAUUUUAACAAGGAUAUUUUCGAUAUUAUGCAUGCUCUGAGGUCAUCCUGUUUGUGACCCGCCGAAGUUUUAAACUUGGCUUAGUCAGAUUAAUUACUUUUCCAUCGAGUGUCGAAGUAACUUGACUUGUUGAUAUUUCAUUGUGCCGUCGAGAAAUUCGCACCACCACAUAGCCAGAUGCAAAACUGAAACCAAUCGCGAAUUAUUAAAAGAGAUUUUUCCAAGAGCACAAAGCAGCUCUCAUGCGUUAAUUUACAGACUUUAAGUUUUCUCACAGGUUUCUCAGUUAUAACGCUGAAAUUAAAGUUGUUUGAUUGGCCAGUGCGAUUACUUUGCUUUUGAUUUCACGUCACUCAAUCGAAAGGUUCCUUCCCAGUGAUCAAUUCUGAGGUAGUAAUGAGUUUUGUAUGGUUGUAAUAAUCCUUUUCUAGUUUAUGUAUUGGGGCAUAGCUUGGUGAUGUUUCCUGGGGUGCUUCUCCUAAAACUCCUAUGUGAGGUUACUUUUUUUAAAAUAUAUUUUUGCUAUCAAUUCUGUACAAAACUUAUACUUAAGGUUUUCAAAAACAGACAAAUCCGAGGAAACCUUUAAAAAAUCCAAGCUACGCCCCCAUUUGUAACCUGUGCUUGCCCGUAUCCGCUUUUCCAAUCAAGAUCCGGGAACUGGCAAUUAAAUAUUGGUGGGCAACUUAGGUAGUCAUGCCCUUUGAAAAAUGGUAAUCAGCAAUCUAAGAUAAAAUAGUAAACUUAUAUAGACGCAACGAAAUUAUUUUUGUUUAUGAGUUGGGUAGUAAACCAUUAAAU